AUGUUUCUGGCGUGUGAUGCCAGCUCUCCCACUGUGAUCACCAUCUUCUUUUUCCCUACUGCCAUUCUUUUCUCCAAGCAAAGUAUGCAGGUGCAGGAUAACGAUGACUUGGGUAAUCCACACUUCCACGACCAACUUCGAGACAAGUUUUUCUUGUUGUCAGGCUAUGAUGGAUUUACAGAUGGAAUUACAAGUUCGAACAACCCCCAAUACACGACAACUACAGGUAGUCUACCACAGUUGCUAACAGAUGAGAUAGAUGCUGCGCCAUCAUCUAGCUCUAGCAUACCCAUCCCUGGGCCAUCGUCUGCCAGCAACCCACUCAAUGCUGGUGACAACAUCCACCCUUUAAUUCCUUACUCGGCCCAACUUGACUCUUUCUACCAUCCACCAGUUCCUCAGUUGCCGGCAGAGUUAUCACAGCCUGAGUAUCCUGAGAGACAUAGGUGCCCUCGACCCUCCAUCACACCAUACUUCAUACCUGAGCACAGAGUUUCUCGGCCGUCUCAGCCAACAUCCACAAUGGCUGCCCUCGAUACCAUGCAGCACUUCAUACCUGAGCCCAGAGUUUCUCAGCCAUCUCAGCCAACAACCACAAUGGCUGCCCUCAAUACCAUGCAGCCCAUGAUGCCCCCUACCACUAUUCCUGCCACUGUGCAGCCAACCACAGCCCUUGUCGUCAUUAAUGUCAGGCCCAAUGUGAAAAAACAGAUUGUAGAUCAUGCAAAGCGAAGAAUCCCAAGAUCUGUAUUGACGGCAUCUGCAAUGGCUGGUACAGAUGCCGAGAAGGCUGCACUUGUUUCUCUCAUGAUCUCAGAGGCAGCAUCUGUGCUGGUUACAGUCAAAACAACUAGUAAUCAACGUCAGCAGGUGGUGGUCGCAUGGAACAACACUUUUCGCAAACUAUUGGUCAUGGUAUGGAGUUGUCUCACCUUGGGCUACAGUUUCUACCCCCCACUAGACUCCAGUCUCAUGCCAGUCCAAUUUCGUGGCCGUGUCUUAACUGCAUUGAUUAACGAUACUUGUAACCUGUUAGCCUUCAUGCAUAAGUUCACAGUUGAUGCAGAUAGGAAUGUCACCAUACUUGAUGGGGUUCUCGAUAACCCCUUGAUAUUUCAUGUCGCUAUCUGUUUCAUAUGGUGCAGUGACCUCUGCAUCUCAGAAUUCCUUUCCACCUCAAUGUCGCACCAACUCCAACAACUCAAUUAUGCCAUCGCUUCUAUUGGAGCAGUUGCCAAGUUAGUGCUGUGGGAGCAGAUUUCCCAUCCACCGGUCAUCCUGCCAUUCACGCAACUUGAAGGGAGCGAGACUUUCAAUGACAUCAUGUGCCAUAUCGGUAACCUGGACAGCGUCCAGAAAAUUGUGUUCAACUACCAGAAAUCUCACAUGCUAAAUGUUGGGGACUCGCAGGUCUCAUCCACCAACAUACUAGCUCAACUUGACAUGAUGAUGGCUGGGGUACAGUAG